AUGGGUAGCAUGCAAAAAAUACGAAUAGCCAUGCUUCUGACUUUGUGCAUUUUUGUUUAUCAAGUGUGUAGUAAAAUGGAUAAGAAAAAUGAUCUCGAGCAUCCCCACAGCAAAGGCCUAAGAAAAAUACUGGAAAAGACGAUUCUGAAAAGAAAUACGAAGGAGGGGAUCUACAUAGCGACAUUUAUCGGAGACAAAUACUUAGCUAUUAAAGAUGGAAAGCUAGUUGUUGUAAAUAGCUUUAAAGAUGCAAACCUCUUUGACAUAGACGUCUCUUCCAUAAAAAUGGGAGAAAUGCAAGGAGUCAAGAUUAUGCCCUGGGUGGAGGGAAAGCAGUAUGUAAUCAGCUUCAACUUAAUGGGAAAUGACGUAAACGUCACACUGCCCAUACACCUGAAUCUGAAGACCAUCACAGAUAUAACUUUUAUCAACGAAGUGUACACAGCUAAUGCUGCGCACCCCGCUUUCCAAAUGGCGUCUGCGCAGAAACGUUAUAGAUGUGUUGUCAUAGAUCCAGCCUCAGGUGAGGUUAAGAUGAAUCAGUGCGCACAGGGCGCUGAACGGCAAACCUUUGUGUUCCGUACGUACGAUGAGGCAGAGACAAGCGAAAACAAGAAAAAUGGCGGCGGCUCCUUCAGGCCAGAAUUAUUUUUGAAGGCAUUUGUACUGUCACUUACUAAAACUCUAAUAAUGGGAAGUUUCACGGGAGUGCUUUAUUACCAAUAA